AGCGCCCGAGGCCAGCCUUCUCUAGUCUGCGGGCUUGGAUUGGUUGAGCCUUGGUGGUCCCGCCCCGCGUACCGGAAACUCGCCCCCGACGCCGAGGUCUCCCCACACUUCCGGGCUUCUGCGCUUCUCGGCUUCCUCAUCUGUAAGACGGAGGUAAGCCGUCUACCUGACUCGGGCUCCUCGUAAGGAUGGAGAGGACGUGAAUGUGGAUGGCACGUGGAGUUCAAGAAAUGCACCUUGUCUCCUGCUGUUAAGAGCUGCAAGGAUGUCUGAGCAGAGGCAGGUGGCUGCCAGAGCCUCCCUUAUUGAGCAACUGAUGUCUAAGAGGAAUUUUGAGGAUCUUGGCAACCACCUUGCCGAGCUGGAGACUCUUCCCGUGACCAGAGAGCAUCUCCAGGAGACGGCCGUGGUCAGGGCGGUGUACAGCGUCCUCAGAAACUGCCCUACAGUGGCGUUGAAAAAGAAAGCCAAGCGUUUGCUGUCAGAAUGGAGGGCACUUCAUAAGGAUCUCCACUUCUCACCGAGGGACAGCCCUCCAUCUCUCCCUCCCAGUAGAACGGAAGAAAAGCCCGGACUUCCUCGUGACCCAAGUCAGGAUGAGCUGUCAGGCGGCUCCAGUUCUAAUUCAUCGUCCCACGGUGUGGCGGGAGCCCUGGAAACGCUUGUGCCUGAAAAUAGCACGAGUCACAUGGAGCCCAGAGGGGAGCAUCUCGGGGAGCCACCGGACCCCACCGCACCUGUGAGAGCCAGAUGCACAGAGCUCCUCUAUGAAGCCCUAACGAGUGCUUGCACAGAGCAGCCCAAGGCUGAUGUGUGGCAAGACUUGGCGAGAGAAAUUGAAGGGCACCUUUUUACCCUUCACUCGAAGAACCUCAGAAAGUACAAAACUUGCGUUCGAAGCAAAGUUGCCAACCUGAAGAAUCCCCACAAUUCUCACCUGCAACAGAACUUGCUCUCUGGGACCACGUCUCCGAGAGAAUUUGCUGAAAUGACGGCGUUGGAGAUGGCAAGCGAGGAGCUGAAGCAGUUGAGAGCCUCCUACACGAAGUCUGCCAUACGGGAGCACCACCUUCCCCAAGCUGCGGGGGGCACGCCGACCGGGAAAAUAAAGUGCAGGCGCUGUGAGAAGUUCAACUGCGAGGUCACCGUAAUCGCCCGAGGAACGCUCUUCCUGCCAAGCUGGGUGCGGAAUUCAAAUCCAGAUGAAGAGAUGAUGACCUACGUGAUCUGUAACGAAUGCGGGGAGCAGUGGUACCAUAGCAAGUGGGUGUGCCUGUGACUGCCAACGAGUGCUCUUUGAACCAAGAACCGGAGCGGUUCCCUUUCUCUGGGCACCACCCUUUUAUUCUCGGUCUUUAAAAUCUUACACACACUAUAGUCUUUUGUGCGUGUUUUGUUUUGUUUUUGUUUUUGUUUUUAAGUUUAUUUGAGGGGCGCCUGGAUGGCUCAGUCAGUGAACCGUCUGCCUUCGGCUCAGGUCGUGGUCUCAGGGUCCUGGGAUUGAGCCCCGGAUCGGACUUCCUGCUCGGCGACGAGUUUGCUUCUCCCUCUGCCUCUGUAUUCUCUCUAAUUUUUGCUCUCUCUCCGAUAAAUACAUAAAAAUCUUAAAAAAAAAAAAAAAAGAUUUUAAUGUGUUUAUUGGAGAGAGAGGAAGAUAGCAAGAGAAAACACGAGCAGAAGGUAGGGAGAGGGAGAAGCAGGCUUCCCACAGAGCGGGGAUCCCAAUGCGGGGCUCGAUCCCAGGACCCUGGGGGAGAGAGUAGAUGACUGUCUGCUUUGUGGCCGCUUAGCCCUUCGCAGUACUGAGUGUGGUUGAGAGCAGGCCCUCUAGAGUGUGUUAGAAAUGCGGAGUCCCAGGCCUCAUACCACUGAGUCCUAACUCUGCGUUUUGGGAAGAUCCCCCGGUGAUCCCGUUCAACGUGUUCUGGGAAGUGCUGCUUUCUCAGUAGGCCUGCGGUCCAUGGCAGGGCCUGUACAUGAGACUUAUCCGGGAACUUUGACAACCACUGAUGCUGGGGCGUGGGACCUUUCCCAGAACACUUGAAUCCAGGGGCACCUGGGUGGCUCAGUCAUUAAACCUUUGGUUCAGGUCAUGUGGGAUUGCCUGGGCGGGCUCCCUGCUCCAUGAGAAGCCUGCUUCUCCCUCGCGCACUCCCCCUCCUUGCGCUCUCUCGCUGUGUCUCUGUGAAAUAAAUAAAUAGAAUCUUUUUUUAAAAAAAUUGAAUCUAGGGGCGCCUGGGUUGCUUAGUGGGUUAAAGCCUCUGCCUUCGGCUCAGGUCGUGAUCCCAGGGUCCUGGGAUGGAGCCCCGCAUCGGGCUCUUUGCUCCACAGGGAGCCUGCUUCCUCCUCUCUCUCUGCCUGCCUCUCUGCCUACCUGUGAUCUCUGUCUGUCAAAUAAAUAAAAUCUUUUAAAAAAAUAAAUAAAGGGACGCCUGGGUGGCUCAGUUGGUUGGACAACUGCCUUCGGCUCAGGUCAUGAUCCCGGAGUCCUGGGAUCGAGUCCCGCAUCGGGCUCCCAGCUCCAUGGGGAGUCUGCUUCUUCCUCUGACCUUCUCCUCGCUCAUGCUCUCUCUCUCACUGUCUCUCUCUCAAAUGAAUAAAUAAAAUAAAAAAUAAAUAAAUAAAAUUUUUAAAAAAUUAAAAAAUUGAAUCUAAAUGCACGGGGUGCAACCCAGGCUUUUUGAAUUCCUCAAGUUGUUUUGAGAUGCAGGCAGAGUCGAGAACUCCUCACACACAGGCUCUCGAGUGAUUGUCUCGCAGCCUUAAGAAAAGAAUGUCGCUGUGCACUUUAUACCUGAGGAAACAGAUCUCCAGAGGCGCUGUGACUUGGCCGAGCCAAACAGCCUUGGCUAGCCUGGCUGGAACCACUUGCACAGUCUCCCUCCGAACUCACCGUCCAAGACCGCCUUAGCUCUGACUUCCGAGAAACAAGUUCCUGGCGACAUGGGACAAUCGGAUAACCAGGGCUUUGUUACUUUCCCCUCUCUUUCCUCACUUGUCUCUCCCUCAAACCAUGAAAGUUAGCCUCUGACCCCACAGUUAGAAUUUUGUUUCAAGUCCUUCUGCCUUGUCAGAAGAGUUGUAUGUUUAUUUUUUAGUUUUUCUGAACAAGUUCUCUCAAGUCUAUAAAUCAUGCAUGAAAUUGA